CAGGCGGCGGGCGCGUUGCCAUGGCGGCCGGGCGCGCGUAGCCGACGGUGCCCAGCACGGCCAGGCAGGCGCAGAGGCGGUGGCCAGCUGGGGAGGGAACCUGCAGGGGAGAGAACACGGGGGAGGGGACCCGCGAGGGCUGCGCGAACGCGGCUGGAGACCCAGCCUACCGCGCAGGUCCCUACCGAGAGCGAACAUGCAGGCCAUGGACCCUGCCGCCCCGGGCUUCUACGAGGAGGAUGUCAAGGACCUGGACUUCUACGACUUUGAACCGCUCCCCACCCUCCCGGAAGACGAGGAGAACGUGACCCUGGCUGACAUCCUCUCCCUGCGGGACAGUGGCCUCAGCGAGCAGGAGGCCUGGGCAGUGUGCCUGGAGUGCAGCCUGUCCAUGCGGAGCGUUGCCCACUCUGCCAUCUUCCAGACCCUGUGCAUCACACCUGAUACUCUGGCCUUCAACACCAGCGGAAAUGUGUGCUUCAUGGAACAGCUCAGUGAUGACCCUGAGGGUGCCUUUGUCCCUCCAGAGUUUGACCUGACUGGGAACACCUUUGAGGCUCACAUCUACUCUCUGGGGGCCACGCUGAAGGCCGCCCUCGAGUAUGUGGCAGAGCCUGAGCUGGAACCCAAGCUAAGUCCGGACCUGGAGACACUGCUGGGCCAGAUGCAGGCAGAGGAUCCCAGAGACCGGCCAGAUCUGAAGAGCAUCAUAGCACUAUGUGAGGAGAAGAUGCAGCCUAUGUCCUCAUGCCGCCUGUGCCGGAGUCUCUCAGCCAUCGGGAGGAGGGUGCUGUCCAUCGAGUCCUUUGGAGCAUUUCAGGACGUCAGCGAGAACACCUGGAAGGGGAGACCUGCUCCAAGAAGUGUGGGGCCCAAGAGACUCCCUGGAGACCUCAGCGCUGACCCAGAGGCCCUAUCCACUCCCGAGGGCCAGCCCCAGCCUCAUGCCCCCAGGGACCCAGAGCGGGAGGCCAGCUGGGGCCCCAGGCCACCACCCACCAAGCCACUGCUAUUGGCCCCCAUGAAAAACGGUGAGAGCCCAAGCCAGGAGGGGCUGGCCAGUCUUGUCCUGGAUACCACAUCCCUCCUUGGUGAGCCAGACAGAGACGUCAAGAGGAGCCGCCUGAGAAAGGUGCAGACAUUCCCCAGGCUGCUGCCUGAGGGCCCUGAGGCCAAUGCCCUCUGCCUGUCACUGACCAGUGCAAAAAACCAGCUAACUAUAUCUGACUUCUUCCCCCCGGACCCCACGAAGUUCCUUCUAGAGGGGAAAAAUGGCCUUUCAUGCUUCAGGGCACAGUCUAAAAGCAGGCUGUGGCCUGAGCAGGCACCCAGACUCCAGCUGGAAGAGGCACUGGGAACCAGCCAUAACACAGACAGGGGGCCAGGGGCCUCAGGAAAGCCAGACACUUCACCCCCUGACCAGGAGCCUGCAGAGAACAGACACUCGCCCCACCCUGUAGACCUUCAAGAUGCAGGCCAUGAAGCUGGGACUCCUGGAGACACCGAGGGGAUUCCGGAAAGAGGGAAACCAGGAAGCACUGCAUCAGAGCAGUGCCUCUCCCUGCAGGACCUCCUAUCCAAGCUGGGCCGGCCCUUCAGGGAGUACGAGCUCUGGGCCCUGUGCCUCACCUGCCUCAGUGCACUGCAGAAGCAUACAGAGCACCCAGCCUGCCUGUGCCUGGACAACGUCCUGGUGGCUAAGGAUGGAACUGUGUUCUUCGGGCCGCCCCCUGACAACGGCUCCUGCAAUUCAUUCUUUCUGGCUCCCGAGGUGGCAGAGGAAAAGCUGGUGACAGAAAAGGCCUCAGUGUACUGUGUGGCCGCUGUCCUGUGGACAGCAGCCAAGUUCAGCACCCCCCGUGACCAAAAGCUGGCCCUACCACGCAGGCUCAAGACUCUCCUCCUGGACAUGGCCAGGCGCUGUGCUCUGGAGCGGCCAUCUGCAGCUGAGGCCAUUAAGGUCUGUGGGAGCUAUCUCCUCCAGCGGGGCAUGGAUAGCAGAAAGAUCCUAGCCCACCUGUGGGUGUCCACCUGCAAGGUUCACCAGGAGGAAGAGACCAUCGGUCUCCAAAAUGCCUUCUCAGUGGUUGAACUGAAACCCCGAACAGCACCUGCUCCCAAGCCCAGCCCAGGCUUCCUUCCAGUCAACAAUGACACCAGAUUCAUGGCCAUGCCAGGGCCUGUGCCUAGUCUAUCUUCCUGCUAUGAAGGAGCCAGGGAGCUGCCUGCAGCCUUCACCUCUGAAGCCACUCACUUUAAGCCCAUCAUCCUUGCUCAAGAUGAAGGUGUGGCCAGGGACCAGCUUCCUUUUUCCUCAGAGUCAGCUGAGAAGCUCAAGGAGAACAGUGGCCAGUUGGGUGGGAAGGAUGAAGGGGGGCAGGCAGCCCAGAACCUCUCUGGGGCCACAAGCCUGAAGGCACCUGACCAGCUGGCACCCAGUCCAGAGCUGCAGGGAGUAGCCCUGGAACCUGUCAGGGAGUCAGUGCCACACAGCUUGGCCCAGGGGUGCUCCUGCCAGCCAGGCCCCGAACCAGCCAACCAGCAAGAAGGGGCCACACCAGCAAUGCCCAGCUCUCCUGCCCCCACCCCACCCCAAAAGGCACCAGCACUGCCUCCUGAGCAAGGGCCAGAUGGGCAGAUUCCACCUGGAGCCACUCUGCCUCCAAGGCCCACCUCACCCAUACAUGCAAGCCACCCGUGCAAGCCACCCAGGAACAAGGCUGCCGAGACUGAAGGCCCCCGGCCAGUAGCACGGGAACCCACAUUGGCUGCAGUGAGUCCAGACAGUCCCAGGAGCCCAGCUAAUCACCCCGAGAGGCCUUGGCCAACAGACCGCAAACUGUGUCCACCCAGUGUGGACACCUCUUCCCCCCCGAAGAAGACAGCCUGCCCCUCCCUGCAGGAGGCCAUGCGCCUCAUCCAGGAGGAGUUUGCCUUCGAUGGCUACCUAGACAACGGGCUGGAGGCUCUAAUUAUGGGGGAAUAUAUUUACGCCUUGAAAGACCUCACCUUCGCCACUUUCUGUGGUGCCAUCUCUGAAAAGUUCUGUGACCUGUACUGGAAUGAACAGCUGCUACAGAAUCUCUUCAAAGUGGUCAAUGGACCAUCUUCUCCCAUUGAGAGCACUUCUGAGGACACAGGGUCUCAGCUCCAGAGUUCACCAGGCAGCUGUGCAACAUCCAGCAAAAGACCCUCAUUGCACGGACUGGGCAAAGAAAAACCAGCUGCACCAUGGGGCAGUGGAGGCCCCUGCUCACCCACCAUACUGUCAGACAUAGACUCUGACACACUCUCAGAGGGAAACCUGGAGGUGGGAUUUCGACCUCAGAAGUCAAUAAAAGCUGCACGAGACCAGAAGCCUGAAGCAAGAGAAGAUGGACAAGGCCCAGGCCUGGAGCCAGUUGGCAAGACCUCAGACACAGAUACUGUGGCCCAGCUGGCCAGGCCCAAUGAGGGCAGCCAGGCAGUGUCUCUGGGCCCAGCUGAGUUCCAGAGCUGCAGCCCUGGCUGGUCCAGUGCCUUCUAUGAGGCUGACUGCUUUGGGGCUGACGUCUACAACUAUGUGAGGGAUCUGGGGAGACAAAAGGCUGGUGGGCACCCAGAGCCCGAAGCCGAGAGCCUGGUGAGUCCAGGGCUUCUGCCUGCUGAGGGGUGGGGCAUCACUGUACCCUCAGGAUCACCACUGGCAGUGCUUCCAGGUCACCCCAGAAGGCAGGAGCUGGAGCAGCAGCUCAUGAUAGAGAAAAGAAACUACCGCAAGACCCUGAAGUUCUACCAGAAACUUUUACAGAAGGAAAAGCGCAACAAAGGCUCUGAGGUAAAGACCAUGUUGUCCAAGCUGAGGGGGCAGCUGGAGGAGAUGAAGUCCAAAGUGCAGUUCCUCAGCCUGGUCAAGAAGUACCUGCAGGUCAUGUAUGCGGAGCGCUGGGGCCUGGAGCCCUGUGCCCUGCCAGUGAUCGUGAACAUCGCAGCAGCCCCCUGUGACGCACUAGACUUCAGCCCCCUGGAUGAGUCCUCCUCUCUCAUCUUCUACAAUGUCAACAAGCACCAGUGCGGGGGCCGGCAAAAGAAGGCUCGCGUCCUACAGGCCGGCACACCACUGGGGCUCAUGGCCUACCUCUACUCCAGUGACGCCUUCCUCGAGGGCUACAUCCAGCAGUUCCUGUAUACCUUCCGCUACUUCUGCACACCGCACGACUUCCUGCAUUUCCUCCUAGACCGUAUUAGCAGCACUCUGUCCAGGGUCCACCAGGACCCCACCUCAACCUUCACCAAGAUCUACAGGAGGAGCCUCUGCAUCCUGCAGGCCUGGGUGGAAGACUGCUACACUGUGGACUUCACAAGGAAUGUGGGGCUGCUGGAGCGCCUGGAGGACUUCAUCUCUUCCAAGAUUCUGCCCCUGGACAGCUCUGCUGAGCACCUGUUGGGCCUCCUGGAGGUGGGCACUGACCGGCGGCCUGAUGGCACCCCCCGAGGCACAGACCUGGAGGACCCCAAGGAAGCUGAGGAGGACACCAGACCCUUCAAUGCCCUCUGCAAGAGGUUCUCAGAGGAUGGCAUCUCCCGAAAGAGCUUCCCCUGGAGGCUGCCCCGGGGCAAUGGACUGGCACUGCCACACCACAAGGAGCGCCAGUACACCAUCGCAUCUGCCCUGCCGAAGCCCUGCUUCUUCGAAGACUUCUAUGGCCCCUAUGCCAAAGCUAGCGAGAAGGGGCCCUAUUUCCUGACUGAGUACAGCACACACCAGCUCUUCACUCAGCUGACACUGCUGCAGCAGGAACUGUUUCAAAAGUGCCACCCCGUACACUUUCUAAACUCACGGGCCCUGGGUGUCAUGGACAAAAGCACAGCCAUUCCUAAAGCCACCUCUUCCGAGUCUUUGUCUGCCAAAACCUGUAGCCUGUUUCUGCCCAAUUAUGUCCAGGACAAGUACCUGUUACAGCUUUUAAGAAAUGCAGAUGACGUCAGUACCUGGGUGGCUGCUGAAAUAGUGACCAGCCAUACCUCCAAGUUGCAGGUGAACUUGCUCUCUAAGUUUCUGCUGAUUGCAAAAUCUUGCUAUGAGCAGAGGAACUUUGCGACAGCCAUGCAAAUCCUGGGCGGACUGGAGCACUUGGCCGUGAGGCAGUCCCCUGCCUGGAGAAUCCUGCCUGCAAAGAUCGCAGAGGUCAUGGAGGAGCUAAAAGCUGUGGAGGUCUUCCUGAAAAGCGACAGCCUAUGUCUGAUGGAAGGACGGCGCUUCCGGGCCCAGCCCACCCUGCCCUCAGCCCGCCUCCUGGCCAUGCACAUCCAGCAGCUAGAGACUGGGGGCUUCACCAUGACCAAUGGAGCCCACAGAUGGAGCAAGCUCAGAAACAUAGCCAAGGUGGUGAGCCAGGUCCAUGCAUUCCAGGAGAACCCCUACACAUUCAGCCCCGACCCCAAGCUGCAGGCGCAUCUCAAGCAAAGGAUCGCACGUUUCAGCGGGGCUGACAUUUCCAUCUUAGCAGCAGACAACAGGGCCAACUUCCACCAGAUCGAAAGCGAGAAGCAUUCCCGGAAGAUCCAGGACAAACUACGAAGGAUGAAAGCUACAUUCCAGUAGUGAGGAUGCAACUGAGUGUGAGAGUCCAAGAGGAACCAGACCUACAGGAGGCAGCUGGGGAGCAAGGAGCCGCUCCAGGGCCACCUGCAUGAGACUGCUCUGCACGUGGAGCCCUGAGCAAUGUAGGUUUCCACCACUCCCCACUCCCCAGGUGAAGAGGUGGAGGGUCACAGCGACUCACCCAUGGCCACUCCACAGAGAGGGCAAAGCCAGCUCCAACACAGACCCAGCACCCAGAACUGGCCCUUUCCAGGACGUGGGCAGGGUGGGCACAAGAGUUUGGAGAUCCUGUUUCUGCAAGAAUUUAAAAAUUAAGUUUAAAAAUCACAAUAGAAAGCCAAGUAUGGUGACACACAUCUGUGAUCCCAGCACUCCAGAGGCUGAGGCAGGAGAACUGCUGUGAGUUCAAGGCCUGCCUGGGCUACACAGUAAAUUCAAGGCCAGCCUGAACUACAUAGUGAGACCCUGUCUCACAAAAAAAAAAAAAAAAAAGGAAGAAAAUAGAAUAAACUUUCCCCAGAGUUUUUGUACCUAUUUCUCCAAGAUGAAUGACUUUCAUCCCAUUCUUGUUAUGAUCCCCUUUUAAAACAACAACACUCAUUCACCCUUGACUAGACAGAUUCCAAACUUAGCUACUAGCUUAAGAGUGUUUCCAUGUUUGUUUAACAGAGAAGGACCAAAAACUCAGCUGAACCCAUGGGCUUCAAGGCUUCUAAAACCUUCCAUAGAAGAGGCCUAGGGCCGGGGAUUUAGCUCAGUGGUUCUGGCGCCUGCCUCGCAAGUGCAAGGUCCCAAGUUCGAUCCCCAGUACCAAAAAAAAAAAAAAGAAGUAGAAGAGGCCCAAAGCUUCUGGAUGAGCUGGCCCUGCUGGGUUUACAUUCCCACCUACCCUCAGUCCUCCCUGUAGGAGAUCUCUGCCAUCCUACACCCAGCUGCCAAGCCAGUUAGGAGAAGCAGCCUCUGUCCCAGCUAGGCUUACUCCUGUGGCAGCUGCUCCUUUCUAUGCCCUCCACUCACCCUCAGCUUAGGAGAACUGCAGUGAUACAGGCGCUCUGCCAAAGGCUGUACUCCCUGGAAAAGGGCACUGGACACCACCCAUGGACCCUGAGAGUGUCCCACCACCUGCCCUAAGGCCUGGGGACUGCAAGACUGCCUACCUGUGUUCAGCAGCAGCCAUGCAUGCGCACACCCAACCACUGCGUUCCCUCAGCUGUGCACCACCACUAGCGCUUUGUCAGACCAGAAUGUGAAGUUUGCAGUCUCAGUUGUACCAAGCCCUUCCCCGAGUUCAUGGUCUCCAUCAGCUGGUGUUAAAAUUGACUCAGUGAUGGGACCAGGGGCCUGGGAAUAGGACAGGGUGUGGCCGGUCAGAGCCCUACACUAGGCACCAGAGCUCUCAGAUCCCUGGUACCAUUCCAGGAACUGCCUGCCACCAGACCCAAGGUUGUUCUAUGUUUUAGAAUUAAUGAUUCCAGGGCCAGGGAUUUAGCUCAGUGGUUUCGGCACCUGCUGUGCAAGUGCAAGGACCCGAGUUCAAUCCCUGGUACCAAAAAAAAAAAAAAUUAAUGAUUCCUUAGUGAACCAGCUAGUGGUAUUUCUAGGCAGGCUGUGACUUGUAACAAAAUGUUGACUUUUUAAUGCCAAGAUGUGUUUUCCCACAUGCAUUCAUUGGGGGUAACAGGCCCUGCUAACUUGGACACACCAUGCACAUGUGACUACCGUUUUCAGGCUUUUCUAUGAAGAUUAUGUUCUGCUGAUCAAUGCCUACGCUUCCAGAUUUUGUAUUUCACACAGAUGGUAUCCAGCCCCAAUCAAUAUUUCAAUGGCAACAACUUAUAUCAUGGGAAAGUGACCAGGCUUUGGCUUCAGCACUGUUUGCAUGGCACCCUGAUGUCACAUGGUACAAAUUUCUAAAUAAAAUCAUUUCUAUCAAGCCA